UAAAAAUAUACGAUUUCGUUGAGUUUUGCAAUUUCCCUUUCUACUCGACCGACGUAGUAACGUAUUAUCGCAACAUCACAAUGGUUUAAAAUAAUUCUCUUGCGAAUUGUACUUCACCCCAGUAGCCCGAUCGUCGUCGUCGUCGUCGUCAAUCAAACUUACCGCCCGAGCAAAGUGCAAUUCAGUUGGUGGAAAUCGCAUCUCAAUUGUUGUUUAGUUCAACUCGAAACGUGACGGCAUACUAAACGUUAGACGCAUUCUGCGGAGCGGGCAAUUUUUUCCGUCUAACUCAAUGUGAAUCAUGUACUUCGAGUUGUCUACGUUGCCCGUCACGUAAAGCUCUUAAUCGACUGGCUCGAACUGUUAGCGAACGCUUUCUUACUAUGAACCUAACCGAUCGUCAAAGAAUUCCAAUCAAGUUUAGACACAAAGAGGAACGCGUUCCCGAAUCGCUGUUCUGCUUGUGCUUAAAAUUUGUAGCUCGCAAUUUGAACACAAUAUGUUCAGAGACACCUGAAGGUUAUACAUUGCAUGAAGGACUGGCUUUACCCAGUGAAAUAUGUGAACCUUUCAUUGAAGCUUAUCAGAACAUCAAUGGGUUGUUGGAUGGUUUUGCUCAUCUCUUUCAAGAUGUUACCAAGACCAAUCUGAUAUCAGUGCACAUACAUAAUUCAAGUAUUACGGACAAUGGACUUGAAUACUUGUUACGGCACAACUUGUAUGAACUCACACUUAUAAACUGUCAGAAUCUCACGCACAGGACAUAUGCAAAUAUAUUCAAAUACUCUGCUAAUCUGCGUUCGUUAACCAUUGGUCCAAACGUUCAAAUCACUCCUCUAAAUAACGAGCUCACAAACUGUUCACAGACUUUAGAUGAUAUUCCGAAAGACAUCGAUAAGAAGGCACCAAAUUUAAAACAUUUAGUAUUACGAGCUAUCAUAGAACCGUCUGUUAUGCCGUACAGUAAAGAUCACACGUUUCUAGGUGAUAUGCUUGACAAACUUUUGCAACUUAGAGUAUUGGAUCUCUCUUAUUGUUUGAAUCUUGGAAGUUUACAGAACUUGUGUCAACUUACCAACUUACACACAUUGAUACUCUUUGAUGUACACAAUUUACAAGAAAAUGGAGCUAUUCCUCAUAUAUGUUCACUGCAAUCCCUUGUUGUUUUAGAUAUUUCGCAAACAGAAUCUUUUCCUGAUCAAGGUGUUUAUAAAGAUGAAAAUAAAACUUUGGGUCAAAUCAUCAAAUGUUUACCGAAUCUUAUGUCUUUAGAUAUAUCAGGAACUAACUUGGCUGGUAAAGGUACAGCAGAAUAUUCUUUAUGCGAUUCAUUAAGUGGCAAAAAGUCGGACAUUCCUGGUUUAGAAUAUCGAGUAGACAAUCCAUUAGAAUUUUUAGGUUUAUAUCAUACUAUGCACAAUGCUUGUAGACGACAUGAUAUUCCAGCAAAAAUAAUAAGUGGUGAUGCAAAUGAAGAACAAAUAUUUAAUGCUGCUGCAUCAUGUAUGGAUAAACCAAAACUUCUCCAAAACAUUUUGAAUGACCUUUACCACUUAUUGAGGUAUGACCAGUGUACACAAAUUGAUCAGGCUCUAGAUAUAGUAUUAGAAGCACUUACUAGAUACGUCCAAGAGAAACUUAUUCAAAUUUCUGGAAGUGCCACCCUAUUUUAUAUUGUGAAAAAUAAAGAUCGGCCUCUACUCUUAAAUGAUAUCACAGUGAAACGGCGAAUUAUAACCACAUUAUUAACUGGAAUGGAUUAUCACAAUUAUGAUGAAACAAUGAUGCGCAAUGGGUGUUUAACUUUAUGCCAAUUGAGGAUACCUCAGGAUGUGAUGUUUGAAUUCAAACGUUUAGUACAAAUGUUGCUUCAUAUUGUAUCUACUAGUGACCAUGAAGGAUUUGUUCAAAGAAUUGGUAUUUAUUUACUUAACUCUGUUGCAUGUCAAGUAAAUAAUAAACAAAAAAAUGAACUUGGUGAUGCUGGUGCAAUUAAAAAAAUGAUGGCAAUAAUAAAAGAUCGUCUUCAUCGAAGAGUAUGUGAUGAUGUUCUUGAAGUAGCUUGGUCAACAAUGUGGAAUGUCACAGAUGAAGCUCCAAAAAAUUGUAGAAGGUUCCUUGAUGGGUAUGGAAUGAAAUAUUUCAUUGGAUGUUUAAAGUCUUUUCCUGAUAAAAAUGAACUGAUGCGCAAUAUGAUGGGAUUAUUAGGAAAUGUUGCUGAAGUAAAAGAACUUCGACCUAGGCUCAUGCAACCUAAUUUCAUUAGUGAAUUUUCUGAACUUUUAUUUUCAACGCAAGAUGGAAUAGAGGUUAGUUAUAAUGCUGCUGGAGUUAUUGCACAUUUGGCGUCAGAUGGUCAUAAAGCAUGGACUAUUAAAACACCAUCUAGGUAUAAAGUUUUAGAUCGUAUGACUAAAGCCAUACAAAAUUGGAAUUUAGAUGCUGAUCGAAAUAUUAAUUAUCGUUCCUUUGAGCCAAUAUUGCAACUUGCUCAAGUUCGGCACACUCCUCAGUGUGCGCAUUGGGCAGCAUGGGCUUUAGCAAAUCUUACCAAAGUAUAUCCUGAAAAGUACUGUUCGAUUGUGAUAGCUGAAGGUGGGUUAAGGAUCAUGAGCGAACUACUUGAAGAACAAAGUGCCCUUAAUCUCAAUAAUCAACCUGGUGUUAUACAUAGUUUAGCUCAAACGGUUAUUAAUCAAUGUCUGAUGUAUAUGAAAAACACAGUUGAAGAAUCAUCACAGUGAAAUCUGUGAAGUUUUAUUUCUUUCUCAUCUUACCAAAUUUAAAUAUUUAAUUUAUACCCUUUGAUCUUUAUAACAGAAGGCAAAAUGAGUUUAAUUUUUUUGAAAAAUAUUAUUAUCGCUAUAUAUUAUUGUUUUUU